AUGCCGAGGCUGUCUUCGUCUGCCAAGAUCAAAGCGGACCUCGCAGCUCAAAUGCUUCUCUACCAUCUGAAACACGGAGCUCCUACCAUUCUUACGGUCGACGCCUCAAACGCGUUCGACCGGACGUGGCAUCCCAUUGCAUUUUUCUCCACAGCACUCAAGCCCGCCGAAACAAAAACCGCAACCACUGGACAGAUCGUCUUGCUGUUGUCCUCCUCUACUGAAGGGAAGCUACUGAACCAUCUGCACCGUUCCUUCGAGAGCCUUCGACCGGUCCCCACCCGCGCCACGUCUUCCCGCAAGCCGGAUCUCAGCACGGCAACUCAUGUAUUCCUGCGAACAGACAGCGUCAAAAAGGCCCUCUGUCCACCUUACUCCGGUCCGCACCCGGUGCUGCAGCAGUCCGACAAGACCUUCCGCGUCGUGAUCAACGAUAAAGAGGACACAGUAAGCGCUGAUCGUCUUAACCCAGCUUUCAUCGAAAACCCCUUCAUUGAACGCUAUAUCGACACGGAGCUUCAUAACGUGGGCUCACCAUCCAUUGUUACUCUCCCCCCAAACCAAGCACCAGCGGCCUAG